AUGAAACAAUCACCACCUAUUGUGUUUAUUGCCAGACAUGGCGCCCGUCUCGAUGCCGCAGACAAAGAUUGGCACUUAACAUCCCCAAGCCCUUUCGAUCCGCCUCUGUCUUAUGGUGGGUGGAUGCAAUCUCGUGCUUUGGGGAUACGUAUAGGAAGUCUCUUAAGGGCCCACCAAUUCACAGGUGAAGCCCCAGAGACUCAGCGCAGCCAUCAUCCGACCUCGGAUAACCAGGCAAAAUCCGCCCCCGCAUCUUCGGGCUUGUCUCACCGAUAUAACGUCAUUGUCCAUACCUCUCCCUAUCUUCGAUGUCUGCAAACCGCGAUAGGAGUUAGUUCUGGUAUCAACCAACAAUUCACUGGUACAGAGCCAUCCAAAGCAACGAGUUCAGCUCCCACGUUACCUGAGGCUUCGUCCAAAGCCGAUCAACGAUGUCUGCUUCGUGUCGACGCCUUUCUCGGCGAAUGGCUAUCACCCGACUACUAUGACCAAAUCACACCGCCGCCGGCUUCGGACAGAAUGGUGGCGUCUGCCAAAGGGGAAUUACUCCGUCGUGCUGAGGUCAUCCCAGUUGUGGAUGGGUCAACAAAGGCGUUGUCAGGCCACUUCCCCGGCGGUUGGGGCAGCCAGGCCCAUCUUACUUCGCCGGUUGAAGAUGAAGACCACCGUUUACAUCCCGCAACAACCCAGCGCCCGCGCGCCAACACACAUGGCACCCUUCAGAGCCCUGUCCACACCAAACGCGUAAAAAAGACUCUCAGUCGCCUGAACACAGAAGUGCCACCUGAUUUAGAGGCAUGUUACGUACAUCCAACUCCCACCUAUGCUGUUUCGGCCUCGGAUCCUAUCCCUACAGGUUAUGUUGCUCAUGCGCGGAAUGCGUGUACGAAGAUCGACUACCAGUGGGACAGUAUGCGAACACCGUACUGGGGCACAGGCGGCGAGUUCGACGAGGAAUGGAGUACUAUGCAAGAACGUAUUCAUGAUGGAUUUCAGCACAUGAUCAACUGGUACCGGGAACAGGAUUCAUCCGAGGUCGGUUCUAUAGCGGAGUCGAACGGCAAGACAAAGGACCAUGUGCAGACCGUUCUCGUCAUCAUCACCCAUGGCGCAGGUUGCAAUGCCUUGAUCGGUUCGUUAAAGGGCCAUUCCGUCUUGCUUGAUAUUAACACCGCAUCGCUCACCAUGGCUGUGCGAGGCAACCAUGUCAAUAACCUCCCGCAUGACAUGGAUCCCAUGCCAAAAUCCCCGGGCUCAGCGAACCAAUCGGUGUCACAGGAAUACUCCUUGCAGCUUGUGGCGUCGACUGAUCACCUGCGCCCGGGAGUCAACCCCUCACAGCUCCCCUCGCUGUCAUCUCCGUCUGUGCAGGUACUUUCGCCACCCCCGGUCUCUUCCUAUCGAAAUCGUCUGGGUUCUCGCCCAUCGCUGCUCCAAGAAACAUUUCCAAACGGGUCAUCACGUUCCAGUACCAGUCCUCGUGCAUGGACAUUGGCGGUGCGCCCAGCAACUAGUUCUCAUCCCACCUCGGGCCUCUGGAACUCCAUUUCGUCGCCCAUCGAUAAAACGGACGAUACAGAGGAUAGCUUCGUGCCGAACUUUGGUGAUCGGCCGGUCAGCCAGGAUUCGACUCUUUCUUUUAACUCUAUAGACCGUGGCUGGACCAAGCAGUUGCCGCAACGGACACAGUCGCAGCGCGGUCUUUGGGGGAGUGCUCAGUCCUUGGGAGAUCGUGAAAAUGGAACGAAGCGGCGAUGGACGGUGACGGAACAGAAGCUGUGA